CUGUAUUCAUUAAUAUUGAACCACGGGAUGUUUGACAUCAGACUGGAAGUUUUGAGGUUCCAUUUCAGGAACACCAAAGGAAGUUUAAGCCUGCUAUUGUAGAGAGUUGGAAGGAUGCUUUGAAAGAGGUGGGAGAUCUAAAGGGAUGGACUCUCAAGGGGGACGCAACCAUUGAGGAUCAGUCAAAUUUAGUCGAGUUAAUUGUUCAAAGGGCUUUGAGAGAACUAAAACGCACCCCAUUGGAUGAAUGUAAACACCCUGUUGGAAUAGAUUCCCACAUUGAUAAACUACUUUCUUUGUUAAAUACUGGUUUCGAUGAUGUAAGAUUUGUGGCAAUAUGUGGCAUGGGCGGCCUUGGAAAGACAACUAUUGCAAAGGCUAUCUAUAAUUGCAUCUUUAGAAGCUUUAAUGGAAGUAGCUUUCUUAUAGAUGUGAGAGAAGAAGCUUCACAAGGAAAUAAAGGUUUAGUUUCAUUGGAGAAGCGACUUCUUAAAGAUAUCUUGGACAGGGACGAAGACAUAAGCAAUUCUUCUCAAGGAUCAAAAUUGUUAGAAAAGAGACUUCAUAGAGAAAAAAUUCUUCUUAUUCUCGAUGACGUGGACAAUUAUAAACAACUUGAUACAUUAGCUGGUGGAAUAAAUUGGUUUGGUCAAGGAAGCAGGGUCAUCAUAACAACUAGAGAUGACCAUUGUUUGAAUGUACAUAAAUCUGAUAAAGAUAUCAAAAUAUAUAAGCCUAAAGAACUAAAUGCUGAGAAUUCUCUUCAACUCUUUAGUUUGCAUGCCUUUUCAAUGAGCAAACCUCCUGAAGAUUUUAAGGAGCUUUCAUGUGAAGUCGUGCAACAUGUUGGUGGAUUACCCCUAACCCUAGAGGUGUUGGGUUCUUUUCUAUGUGGCAAAAACAAAGAUGAAUGGAAAGAUACAUUAAGAGGAUUGAAAGAUAUCAUUGAUAACAAGGUCUCUAGAAUGUUGAUAAGAAGCUAUGAUGAUGAGGUCUUUGCAAGGUUGAUGAUAAGUUACAAAAAACUAAGUGACCAAGAAAAAAUCAUAUUUCUUGAUAUUGCAUGCUAUUUCAUUGGAUGGAAAGCAAAAGAAGCAAUUCCAUUAUGGGAAGCUUGUGAGUUGAAUCCAAGAUUAGCCAUAAAAGAACUCACUCAAAAGCACCUACUAAAGAUUGAUGAUUAUGGCAGAUUGAGAAUGCAUGAUGAACUUCGAUUUAUGGGCAAGUACCGAAUCCACUUACAUUUAUCUAUCAAUCUUAAUUAA